AUGGCUUCCAAUCGGCAAACCUUUGUCCAUUUAUAUAGGGAUUUGAUGAAAACAGCGAAAAUAUUUCCCUACACAUACCGUGAAUAUACGCUUCGCCGUACUAGAGACAAGUUUAAAGAAUUGAAAAAUGUAACGGAUCCUUCACUGGUGCAUGAAUUUGAACAAGAAGCACGACAUUUAUUAGGAGUUGUACAAAGACAAACAACUCUCAAUGGAAUGUACAACAAGAGAAAUCUCGUUGUCGAGAAUACUGAUAAUGCAGAAGUAAACGUGAAAAAGUCGUUCGAAAAUGCCUCUCAACUUUGA